AUGCCCUCCCGCUCCAAUCCCAACACACCCACCUCCCUCAAGCCCAAAACAGCGCGCACCCUCAAAAGUAAGCGGCAGCAGACCCAGCGCCUCGCCAAAAACAAAAUCACAAAGCCCACACCGCGCACGAGCCAAGCAAUCAGGAAAGCAGCGCCGUUGUCGAGAAAGAAGGCCAAAAAGGUGGAGAAGAAAGUUGGAUAUGCGAAGAAGAGGGCAAUGGAGGAGGCGGGGGAGGUGGAGAUGAAGGAUGUCGCGGGGUUUGAUGGGAAGGUUGGGAGAUCGGACACGGCGGUGGGGGAAAGGAGAAGCGAUGCGGAUAUGGAGGUGGAUGGGGUGGAGUGA